GAAAACGAAGCGCGCGUCUGUGCGCGGGCACAGGUGACCCGCAGCGUGAGUGCGGAAGUGAGCGCAGUCAGUACCAGCUGUGCGCCGCGCUGUGUGCGGCGGUUCCGGUGUGCUGUCGGUGAUUUUCUGGAUGGGCUGCUCCCUCUCAGCGGAGGCUCCGGACCGGCGGCCGGAGCAGGAGGAGGAAGAGGAUGCGGUGCCGGUGAGUCUGAGCGCGGAGAGCCGGGAGGCGAUCAGGAGCAGCUGGAAGGAGAUCCAGGAGGACAUCAGCAGGGUGGGCGUCAUCAUGUUCGUCAGGCUGUUUGAGACUCACCCGGAGUGCAAAGACGCCUUCUUCGCCUUCAGAGACCUGAAUGAUGUGAACGCCCUGAGGGCGAGCAAAGAGCUGAAAGCCCAUGGCCUCAGGAUUAUGUACAUCAUUGAGAAGACGGUCGCCAGGAUCGACCAGGAUGACCGUCUGGACCAGCUGAUCCUGGAUCUGGGCAGGAAGCAUUACCAGUACAAAGCCCUGCCAAAAUACUAUGAUCUCAUGGGGGAAGAGUUCAUCCAAGCCAUCCAUCCGGUCCUGCAGGAGCGCUGGACUUCAGACCUGGAGGAGGCCUGGAAGACUCUGUUCUUGUACAUCACUCGCACCAUGAAGAAAGGCUACCAGCAGGCGCAGAGGAGCCACAGCAGCAGCUGAGAGCAGCUCGUCCCGUCACGUGACUGCAGCAGCUCAGCGCGGAGUCUUUAAAUGAGAAGUUGUGUAGUAAAAAUUUUGUUUUCAGCUCUCAGGUGUAACUGUAUGAAUGUUUAACAGCUCUGAGCUGUGGGCCUUUAUUUUGAAAGUGAAUAAACAUCAUGUGAGUUUUUAAACGA